GCAACAACAUCAUCAUCACUUGCACACGACAAAUCUUCCAAUUCUCCAAUAACUUCGCUUCCGGACUUUGGUAGUAUUUAGAUAUUGCUUUGCUAUCAGAUUUUAUACCUCAUUAGCAUCACAACCCAGAUACUUAUCUGAUACGUUUGACAUCCAUCCAUCCAAAUCCCUGAUUAGAUCGGACCGGAAAUCAUGGCACCAUCAAAAUCUGGACCACCCGUCGCCCCCUAUGCGAAAGAUGAAAAAGUUCUUUGCUUUCACCAUGAUUUGCUGUAUGAGGCCAAGGUUUUAGACACAAGACCGACGGAAGAUGGUUCUAGCUGGCAAUGCAAGAUUCAUUAUAAGGGAUGGAAAGCAACCUGGGACGACUGGGUCCCUCAAGAUCGAGUAAUGAAGUUUAAUGACGAUAAUAAAGAACUUGCCGCUCAGCUUCAUCAAGAGAUGAAGAAGAUGAGCCAGAAGCCAAAGUCCGCAACUUCAGCCGGUGGUAAGAAGAUUGGUGGACGAACAAAUGGAUCUGAUUUUGGUUCAGGUCGUGGCAGCGAAGAAAGACAUGCGAGUGUAGCAGCUCAAGGAGGGGGAAGAGGUGGUCCAAGGAGAAAUCGUGAUUAUGAUUUGGAACAAGAAGAAAACUUUCAUAAUCGACCAUCCAUUAACCUUGUCAUCCCCGAUCAUAUCAAAGCAAUUCUUGUUGAUGACUGGGAGAAUGUCACUAAGAAUCAACAACUUGUACCAUUACCCCAUAAGAAAUCUGUCGAUCAAAUCUUGAAUGAUUGGCUUGAAUUUGAAAAACCAAAGAGACCUGUUGGAAGUGCCCAGGCAGAUAUAUUGGAAGAGAUUGUCGCUGGCUUGAAGGAGUAUUUCGAGAGAUGCCUUCCUCGCAUUCUUCUGUACAGAUUUGAACGCCAACAGCAUAUGGAUUUUCGUGAAUUGUGGGACGAUGAUUCAUAUCAACAAAGCUCUGCAUGUGAUACCUAUGGUGCUGAGCACUUAUGCCGUCUUUUGGUCACUCUCCCUGAACUCAUUGCUCAAACCAAUAUGGAUUUACAAUCUGUUAAUCGUCUCCGAGAAGAACUUAGCAAGUUGACCAACUGGAUCGGCAAGAAUGCUAAAGAUUACUUUGUCAAUGAAUACGAGACACCUGGCGCAGAAUAUGUUGACAAGGCUCGCAACCCUAAUUAGAGAGUUGUGUCUUGCAUUGGAGGUUGAAAGAUGCAAACAUGCAAAAUUGAAUGGAUAGAUGAACGGGGAGAUGUAUAAUAGCAUGGAAUGGAGAAUGGCGCAUGCUUUCUUUCUAGCUUUUGUUUUUAGGGGAAGAAAUGAAUCUUGUAUUACAGUGGGUGAAAACGAAGGUUCAAUCGAAAAUUGAAUUUGGGGAAGGAAAGGAAAAUUGUUUGGCAGGUUUCUGCUACCACUGCUGUUUGUUUCUGCGAUGGCGAUAGGAAGGGAAGAUUUUUACGAACCAGCAUAUGGCAUGGCAGGACACUUAGACAGAUUGAGAGAGCAUACAUGUGAAAGAAUCUGAUUUGAAUGGAUUGAUGGAUGGACCAUAGUAGAUUCUAAUGGAUGGUAUUAUUGGCAUGGCAGAUAUUCAGCUAGUUGUAUUUGGUCCAAGAGCCCUUGAGUUUGGUCUUGAGCUGGUAGCUUAGAAUCAUGGUUACAGAUUACAUGACUUCUGAGCCUGAUUUUGUUGAGUUGGUUGCGUUUGAACUUGGGAUUUACAUGUAAGGACAUCAAUCGGUUCAUGUGGAUUUUCUCAGUGAUAUGCAUAUCAGUUCUGCCUAUGAUGAGAACGAAGCAGUCCACAAUUUCACGGUACAUAUGAGAAUUUCAGCUGCAAUUUGUA